CUAUGAAUUCUUCCACUGUAGUAGCACAAGUUUCAGAGAAACAAUUGCAACAUGUUCCAAGAGAAUCUCCUACUGUAGAGGCAUGUGAUAUACAGGACCAAGUGGAACAAGAGACACAGAAUUCAGACGAAAAUGACCUAUCAGGAGAACUAGGCCCUGUAACUCAAAAAAAGAAAAGAGGUAGUACAGUAAUGCAAAGUGUACAUGGGCGAAAAGAGCGUAAGUUGGUUGUGUUGAAUAGGUACAAUCAACCCAUUGUUCCUACUAAUGCUGUUGUCACAGAGUUGGGGAGUUUUCUUGGAACCUUGGCAAGGAAUGUUAUGCUUUGUCCUCUAAACAUUCAUAAUUGGAAGAAUAUGGACACAAAAGAUGAUUUGUGGGAGUAUACUCUGGUUUGA